AAAAAAUACGGUAUGUAACAAAUAAUGUUUUUUAUAUUUGUCAACUAUGUAGUCACAAAACGCGCGAAUCGCAGGUCGCGUGUGGAAAUGAACUUUACACUCGACCGUCGACAUCGUAUGAUUGCUGCUACGUAAAGGUAUACCGGCACAUCGCCAGUUGGCGUCCGUAGUCGCACCGCUCUUGUCACGGAGGUGGACGUUUUCCGUUUCACGACCGCUCUCCCGGUAUUCGUCGUGUUCAUCUGCGCACGGUAUAAUUUUGUACGCGCGCUCAUUAAAAUGUGAUAGCAUUAAGUGACUUUAAUCUGUGAAGUGUUGUUAAAAUCAAACCUAAUUACAUUAUUUUAUUCUUACUGACAAACUAGGCCACUGUAAUGGAGAACGGCGAUGUUGAAUCCCAUAAACCCUCACACUUACCAAAUGGCAUUACCAGACAGAAAUAUAUGGAUGGGCCAGACCAAGUAGUGCCAGCCAAUGACUACGUAACAUGGAUACCAGAGAAUGCGGUGAAGCUCCGAGUUACCUCCAGAGGAAUAGCGGCGGAGCCUCCAGUGUCAGUCCCUGGACUGCUCACGCGCAUAGCGGCUAUCUACCCCGACUCCAUCGCGUUGGCAUCUAAGAAAUCUGACGGAAAAUGGCACAGAGUCACUUACAAACAAUACCGCGAGCUGGCGCGACAAGUGGCCAAGGGUUUCUUGAAACUUGGCCUGGAGCGGUACCACUCAGUCUGCAUCCUUGGGUUCAACUCGCAGGAAUGGUUCCUGGCUGAUCUUGGCGCUAUUCAUGCAGGUGGCUUUGCCGCCGGCAUCUACACGACCAACUCCCCGGAGGCUUGCUUCCAUUGCCUGAUGUCUUCGCGCGCCAACAUCUGCGUGGUUCAAGACAAGAAACAGCUGGAUAAAAUCCUGCAAAUCCGCAGUCGACUGCCGCAUCUGAAAGCCAUUGUGCAAUGGGAGGCGCCAAUAGAUACCUCUAUUCCUGGAGUGUACAGCUGGGACCAGCUUAUGGAAAUGGGAGCCAAUGAAUCGGACGUGCAGCUCGAAAACACGCUGAAAAGCAUGGCCGUCAAUGAGUGCUGCACGCUCGUGUACACGUCAGGUACAGUCGGGCCUCCAAAAGCCGUGAUGCUGUCCCACGACAACCUGACGUGGGAUGCCCACUCCAUCUCAGAAAGGGUGGGCAACAUCCAGUGCCCCGACUCGGAGAGACUCGUCUCCUUCUUGCCUCUCAGUCACGUUGCUGCACAGGUUGUGGACAUUUACACCACAAUGACCAAAGGAAUCUCAGUGUACUUUGCACAGCCCGACGCACUCAAGGGCUCUCUCGUGGAAACCUUAAAAGAUGUGCGACCAACGAGAUUCCUUGCAGUACCAAGAGUGUAUGAGAAGAUGUAUGAAAAAAUAGUGGCAGUGGGCGCGUCUCGGGGCGCCGUCACUCGCUCGCUCGCCAUGUGGGCGAAGGACAAAGCCCUGACCUACCACCUCGCCAGAAUAAACGGUUCUUUGUCAAGCAAAAUGGCGGGUCUCCCUAUAGACUUCACAACGAGCGAAAUGAUAGACUAUUGGUACGAAGGCUCGUCGAUUGGAUACAGGCUAGCCAAGUCCCUGAUCCUGAGCAAGGCCCACGAAGCCCUAGGGCUGGAUCAGUGCACGACCUUCGUGUCGUCUGCUGCGCCCCUGGCACCAGAAAUCAAGUCUUUCUUCACCUCCCUCGACAUGCCCAUCGUGGAAGCUUUCGGCAUGAGCGAGAUGGCUGGAGCCCAUGCUCUUAGCAUUUACCCAAAAAUGAAAAUCGACUCCGUCGGCGAAUUGUUAGACGGUACAGAAACAAAAUUCGACGGUUCCGUGAGUCCAAACGGACCCGGUGAGAUUUGCAUGAGAGGUCGCCAUCUCAUGAUGGGCUAUCUCAAUGACGAGGAGAAAACUAUAUCCGCGAUCGACAGUGACGGGUGGAUUCACUCGGGCGAUCUCGGACGAGUUGACGAACACAACCUGUUGUACAUUACUGGAAGAAUAAAGGAACUGCUGAUCACCGCGGGAGGAGAGAACGUGGCUCCCGUGCCGAUCGAGCAGGUCGUGCAGGCCGAGCUAAGGCAGGUGGGCUACGCCGUGCUCAUCGGAGACAAGCGCAAAUUCCUGUCCAUGCUCAUCACCCUAAAGACUAAAGUGGACCCCGAGACGGGAGCAGCGCUCGAUGCUUUAGAAACCGAGACCUUGAAAUGGGUACAGAGCCUCGGCAGCACCGCUACAACUCUUAGCCAAAUAUCGAAAACCAAAGACCCCGCUGUACACAAAGCCAUAGAAGAAGGCUUAGCCCGCGCCAACAAGAAGGCUAUCUCUAACGCGCAAAAAAUACAGAAGUUCACCAUCCUCCCCGCAGACUUCUCAAUGCCUUCGGGAGAAUUAGGGCCCACGCUAAAAGUAAAGAGGAACGUAGUCUACGAGAAGUACAAAGACAUAAUAGAAGACUUUUACAAGGAAUAA